UAUAAUAUAUAUACACACACACGCACCCAUUUGCCUAGGAUGCUCAUGAAAGAAAAGGUUUGGUGACUAAUAAUGAAUUGACUUCUCCACUCCAAUUGUAGUGAAUCUAGGGUUUAAAUUAUCAACAAUGUUAAUAUAUCCAUCUCUUUUAGCAUCUGCGUAAAUGUUUUUUGUGUUGACAACUUUACGAACAAUACUUUGGCUUCUUUGAUCCUAAAAGCUUAAAAACAUAAAAUUCACCGCUGAGUAUCUAUUCCAUGUUAUCUUCACCAAAAUCAUCAGAAUAUAUAAGUUGUUCUCUUACAAGUUAAAAUUGCAUUUUAAGUUGUUUAAUAAACGAGAAUGUGUGUGUACUUUAUGCUUUCCCUUUUUCAUUUUUUAUAUGACUUUUUAUUUUUAUAGUAUUAUAUCCACUUCUUAAUCAUCUAAAUUACUCUAAUGGAAAAUGUGUUUAGAAGGUGAUGGAAAAAGCGUUGUUCCUUGCCUUUGCCUUUUUUUUUCUUUCUAAGAUGCCUUUGGCUCUUGCUUUUGAAUAGUGGUUUCUUUAUUUUGUCCUUUUUGUGACUUCGUUAUAAAUGCUACAGAAAUAGGGAUGUAUAGGUACAUUGCCUUGGUGGUAUAAUUCUCUAGAAAAUACCCUCUGAAAGAUACUUUAUUAUUUAAAUUUUAGAAACAUGUUUCAAACCAUUAAUCAUUCAGACACUUAAAAGCUUUCAGCCCUUCUCUACUAUUCUAUGAGGAAACACUAGUGCCCCUGUUAUGGAUGCCCUCAGACAUCAUGCUCAUAAUAUUUUUUUUCCUUUGAGAUUAUAUACUUUAUACUUAGAAUCAUAGCUUUUGAUGUUCUCGACCUCCCUAAUGGUUAAAUUAUUGUCAUAUAUCAGCUAAUGGGAGGAUGCUGCUGUUCUCUAAAAGUAUGAAGUAGUAUAAACCUAUUGGCAGGAAACCUGUAAGAGUGACACCAACUUCACUUUCGUAUGCCUCAUGCUGAAAAACUCCUCAUGAAACGCUGCUCUAGUUUUCCAUUGCUUCCUUCCAUUUUAGUCAUUGUCAGUAUUCUUCCUCUGGCUCUUGCCGACCUGAACUCAGAUAAACAAGCCCUUCUUGCCUUUGCUGCUGCAGUCCCCCAUGGUCGGAAACUUAACUGGAACCCUGCUACCUCCACUUGCACAUCUUGGGUGGGCAUCAAUUGCACUUCAGAUGGCACCCGCGUGCUUAAACUUCGACUUCCCGCUGUUGGACUCACUGGCCCCAUCCCAGCCAACAGUCUUGGGAAAUUAGAUGCGUUAAGGGUUCUCAGCCUUCGAUCCAAUCUCCUCAAUGGAACUCUUCCUUCUGAUAUCCCCUCCCUUCCUUCCCUACGCUACCUCUUUCUCCAACAUAAUAACUUCUCUGGUGAUAUUCCAACCUCCUUUUCCCCCCAACUCAAUGUUCUGGAUCUCUCAUUUAAUUCCUUCACAGGAAACAUUCCACUAACAAUUCAGAAUUUGACACAGCUCAUUGGAUUGAAUCUCCAGAACAACUCUCUUUCUGGACCCAUUCCCAAUAUCACUGUUUCAAGGCUCAAACGUUUGAAUUUAAGCUACAACCAUCUUAAUGGCUCUAUCCCACCGUUCCUCCAAAAGUUCCCCAACUCUUCAUUUGUAGGAAACUCUCUCUUGUGUGGACCACCUCUAACUGCUUGCUCUGUCAUACUCCCUCCGCCUUCUUCCCCCAUUUACCUUCAACCCCCACCGAAAGUCCCUCAAAAACAGAAAUCAAGAAAGAAACUCACAAAAGGAGCAAUUAUUGCCAUUGCAGUUGGAGGGUCCGUGGUGCUGUUUCUUGUGGCUCUAGUCAUAAUCUUGUGUUGUUUGAAGAGAAUGAAUAGUGAGGGCAGCAUUGUGCUGAAAGGAAAGGUUUCCAGUGGUGGGAGGAGUGAGAAACCAAAGGAGGAGUUUGGGAGUGGGGUGCAAGAGCCUGAAAAGAACAAGCUGGUUUUCUUUGAGGGCUCUUCAUAUAAUUUUGAUCUUGAGGAUUUGCUGAGGGCAUCAGCUGAGGUCCUUGGAAAGGGAAGUUAUGGGACUGCAUAUAAGGCUAUCCUGGAGGAGGCAACUACAGUAGUUGUAAAACGGUUGAAGGAAGUAGUGUUGGGGAAGAAGGAUUUCGAACAACAUAUGGAGAUCAUAGGGCGAGUUGGGCAGCAUCCUAAUGUUGUGCCGCUCCGUGCUUAUUAUUACUCCAAGGAUGAGAAGCUCAUGGUUUAUGAUUAUAUUCCAGGUGGCAGCUUGUCUGCGCUCUUACAUGGAAACAGGGACAGUGGAAGAACUCCUCUAAAUUGGGACUCCAGAAUUAAGGUCUCCCUUGGAGUUGCAAGGGGCAUUGCCCACAUCCAUUCUGUCGGUGGUGUCAAGUUUACUCACGGCAACAUCAAGUCAUCAAAUGUCCUUCUCAACCAAGAUGCAGAUGGAUGUGUCUCUGAUUUAGGCAUGACACCUCUUAUGAACUUCCCUGCCACUCCAUCUCGGCAUCCAGGGUACCGCGCUCCUGAGGUGAUUGAAACCCGAAAGCACACUCAUAAAUCUGAUGUAUACAGCUUUGGCGUCCUCCUACUCGAGAUGUUAACAGGAAAACAACCAAUGCAAUCACCCGGGCGUGAUGAUGUGGCUGAUCUCCCCAGGUGGGUCCAGUCAGUUGUGAGGGAGGAAUGGACAGCUGAAGUUUUUGAUGUUGAGCUGAUGAGGUUCCAGAACAUCGAAGAAGAGAUGGUGCAGAUGCUGCAAAUUGCCAUGGCCUGUGUGGCAAGGGUGCCAGACUUGCGGCCCAACAUGGAUGAAGUUGUUAGGAUGAUCGAAGAGAUCCGGCAAUCCGACACCGAAAACCGCCAAUCAUCGGAAGAAAACAAAUCCAAGGAUUCAAAUGUGCAGACCCCAUGAUUGCCUUGAAUGUUGUUUCUCUGGUGUAUCAAGCUUCCAGUAAUUAUUUAUCAGAAAUUCAUCUAAUCCAAAUACAUGCCUCCUAAGGUUUGCUCCCAAGGAUAUUCAAACCUUACGAGCAUGUGGUGUGAAUCUAUCUAAUUUUGUGAUUUUACUCUCUUUAGGAGGGGUUUUCGUUUCAGAAUUUGUGUUAAUAAUUUAAUUCAAAACAAUUACAAGUUGAUUGAUCUUCUACCAA